CCAUCUUUCUAUCUACUUCAUGAUCUGGCUGUAUAUUUACUACACACAGCGAAAUGUUCCUAAACAGUAACUGGCACACAUUCAGAGUGUCACUGAGGAAUGGCCUGGGGUUCCUCUGGACCUCCUACUCUGUUCCGACUCCACAGAGUGUUAAACAAGUCUUUACCCUCCUGCUCCUCUGUUUGGUCAUCUCUAUAAGCACUAGUGCUCUUCUCUUCCACUGGCUAAAUGGGGUCUUACGGUACCAACCACAGACUGCAGGCAUCGCCACAGGGAUCUACACAGUAGCCAUCUUGGUCUUGUCAUUUCUCAUACAUCCUUUUCGUUGUGCAUUUACACUAAUGUUUCCAACGCUGGGCACCCAACAGGGACGCAAACUUGUUCUCUCAUUAUGCGUGAUGAUUGUGCUGAUUUAUGUUCUGCCGAACAUUGGCAUGAACAUCGUUGCACUUACACGCCUCAUGAAGUGCACAUCAGAGAACGUUGCUCACAGUAUCCUCAAUUCAUCAGCAUUAAGCAACACCAUAAAGAAUGAUCUGGUUUCUAAAGUUCGAACUAUUCAGAAUUCAGGCAUGGGGAAUUUCGUGGAGCAGCUAAAUAGUUUUAACCACCGCACAAACAUUGACGUGACUGGUCUAAGAGAAAAUCUGAAAAAUUUAAGCAAGCAUGUCGGGCAGGAUUUUUCCAAGGCCAUACAUCAACUAGAUGAACUGAAGCUCCUUUCAAGCAGAAUACUUGCUGCCGGUUUAGUGAUCUACCUUUUUAUGGAUUCAUCCAUUUACCUGAAGUCAUACUUGACAUCUGUGAGAUUUGAUAAUGUCUACAUUACAGGGCUGCUCAAAAAAACUGCAGACAAUAGAGGAAUCCAAGUGGAGGCAAAGGAUGUGAAUAAUGGAGUAAAUGUCACCAGCUUCAGAAUGUCAAAAAGAGAACUGCUUAACUGUUUACUUCCCAUUCUCAUGAUCACAUUGUAUUUGGUGAUGACAAUCAUGGUUCUCGUACUUGACCAGAUAGUGUAUUAUGCUGUGGAAACAGGUGGGCCUUGGCUUUUGGACAUUCCACCUACAGACAUUUCCAUGUACAUCCAUUUUAAGGUUAAUUUUCUGGAUUCCACCUCUCAGUUAUUUGUCUUAAAACCCUUUGAAGUGGUGAACUUCGUCAGAAUGUACAAUGCCACCAUUAGUUCUGAUGUGACUCAAUGCAAGACCAAGCCAAGCCAGCUGAGUGCAGGUGUGAUACUUGCACUGCUCCUGCUCUAUUUCCUCAGUUACUGUCUCACUUUCCUUGAGGUCUACGCUCAACGACUUCGCAGGAAAGUAGCCUCUUCUUUCUUCCAGCUGCAGGAAGAGAAAAGAAUCACAUUUCUUCUUGAUCAAAUUAUGACCAAGAAGAAAAGAAGGCAGGCUAAACAAGCAGAACUUGAAAGUACUCAGAGCAGGAAGCAGGGAAAUGAUAAGAAACCUUUAAGGUUUUUACCUCUUGCUAGAUUAUAUGAUUGUUUUCCUGCAAAGAAAGACAAUGUGGUCGAGCACACCACAUGAAAAACCAGGAGCCAGAUCGCUAACUGUAGUGGCUGAAACUGACAUUUGUAAGUUGGCUUCAUUAUAUCUGAACAUUUGUCUGCAACAUAUUUUAUAUGGACAUGAUUAUAGUAAAAGCAGAACUUUGAUGGAGAGAGUAGCAUUGCCAUUUCACAGCUCCAGGUUGUUCAGGUCCAUCCUGAGCUCGAGUUACUUUACGCACAGUGUUUUACUGUGCAGUGCUGUCUCUGUGUUUGUGUAGGUUUUUUUCUGGGUUUUAUUAUUAUUAUUAUUGUCCAUCCAUCCAUUAUCUGUAGCCACUUAUCCUGUUCUACAGGGUCACAGGCAAGCUGAAGCCUAUCCCAGCUGACUAUGGGUAAGAGGUGGGGUACACCUUGGACAAGUUACCAGAUCAUCACAGGGUUGACACACAGAGACAAACAACCAUUCACACUCACAUUCACACCUACGGUCAAUUUAGAGCCACCAGUUAGCCUAACCUGCAUGUCUUUGGACUGUGGGGGAAACCGGAGCACCCGGAGGAAACCCACACAGACACAGGGAGAACAUGCAAACUCUACACAGAAAGGCCCUCGCCAGCCGCUGGGCUCGAACCCAGGGCCUUCUUGCUGCAAAGCAACAGUGCUAACCACUACACCACUGUGCCGCUUAUUAUCUCAUCUCAUCUCAUUAUCUGUAGCCGCUUUAUCCUGUUCUACAGGGUCGCAGGCAAGCUGGAGCCUAUCCCAGCUGACUACGGGCAAAAGGCGGGGUACACCCUGGACAAGUCGCCAGGUCAUCACAGGGCUGACACAUAUGGCCCUUUUCCACUACCUUUUUUCAGCUCACUUCAGCUCGCUUCAGCUCACUUCAGCCCGACACGGCUCGCGUUUCGACUACCUCAGAGCAGCGCGACUCAGCUCGCUUCAGCCCUGCUUAGCACCCAAAACUCGCACGGUUUUGGAGUAGGGCUGAAGCGAGCCAAACCGAGCUGAGUGGGGCUAGGGGCAUGAGGAGACACUCCCCAGUGCACUGAUUGGUGAGGAGUGUCCUCACAUGCCCACACGCCCCGCGAGCACGCUGGGAUCUGUAAACACCGUAAACCCGGAAGAAGAAGAAUUACGGAUUCCGAGAAUUUCUGAAGCCUUAUGCGCCUCGCCUCAUCUAUACGCUCUUGCCAGUAUCUGUUUGCGUUGUCGGUGACAACAAGCCACAGCACCAAGACCAGCAACACUAACGACUCCAUGUUUAUUGUUUAUUAUCCGCUUAAAAGGUCACUGAUGUCACUGUUUGCGCCGCCUAACGACAUCACGUGACUUCCACCCACUUUCGCUAACUCCACCCAAUGUGUCCACCCACUUCCAGCCAGCACAGUUCAGCGCGGUUGUAGUCGAAAUGCAACUCCAACAGCCCCACUCAGCUCGACUCAGCCCAACUCAGCACAGCACGGCUCAGCCCGACUCAGCCGCGUUGGUAGUGGAAAAGCGGCAAUAGACACAGACAACCAUUCACACUCACAUUCACACCUACGGUCAAUUUAGAGUCACCAGUUAACCUAACCUGCAUGUCUUUGGACUGUGGGGGAAACCGGAGCACCCGGAGGAAACCCACGCGGACACGGGGAGAACAUGCAAACUCCGCACAGAAAGGCCCUCGCCGGCCGCUUGGCUCGUACCCAGGACCUUCUUGCUGUGAAGCGACAGCGCUAACCACUACACCACCGUGCUGCCCUCCGCUUAUUAUUAUUAUUAUUAUUAUAGCCCUGUGAUAGAUUGGUGACCCAUCCAGAGUAUACCCUGACUCUCACCCAAAGUCAGCUGGGAUUGGCUCCAGCUUCCCCUACAACCCUGACAGAAAGCAGUAUAGAUCACGGAUGGAUAUUAUUAUUAUUAUUAUUAUUUCCCAUUAUUUCAAGCAGAUCUUAUGCUGCAAUUUGACAAUCAGGAGCAGGUCAUAAUAAAUGACCAUGGGUCCUGUCAUUUCUUCACCUCUCUACAUCAACAGAGCCUUUCUCAGAAUUCUGGUUGUCCCAAGCAGUGCUGUUUUCUGAAGCAUAUCAGUUCGAAUCUCUCAUCUCAUCUCAUUAUCUCUAGCCGCUUUAUCCUUCUACAGGGUCGCAGGCAAGCUGGAGCCUAUCCCAGCUGACUAUGGGCGAAAGGCGGGGUACACCCUGGACAAGUCACCAGGUCAUCACAGGGCUGACACAUAGACACAGACAACCAUUCAC